AUGGCCGACGACUUUACAUGCCCAUCUGGUGGUAAAUGGUAUGCCUGCCCGUCGACUUCUACAUCAAAAUUCGUAGGAUGUUGUGCGUCCGAGACCGACCCAUGCUCGACUGGAUGUGCACUAGGAAGCAUUCGCACUGUAGCCUUUAAUGAGUCGAACUAUGAGAAGUUCCCCGACGCGAGUUGUGGUGUCAACAGCAACUUCUACACAUGCUCUCCUGGUGGCCAAAAGACCUUCUGGGGAUGUUGCAAAUCAGUGCCAUGUGGGCCGAACCCUGCAUGUCCCGAUGGUAGUCUGACACCUGCCUUUGUGGAUCAACCUGCGCAGAUCGCCUUCUACAUCGCUUCCCAAACUGUGUCAGGCACAUCGUCGACCUCAAGUGCGACUUCUUCCGCAACAUCCAGCAGCAGUGAAAGAGACAGCAAGUCCAAUGGUGCUGCCAUCGGUGGUGCGGUCGGUGGAGCACUAGGUGGUGUCCUGAUCAUUAGUCUCAUUGUCUUCUUCCUCCUCCGCAGGAGACGCAGCCAGCAGACCGCACGUGGUGAGACCGUAGAGGUCGUCAGCCCUAUGAUGGAAGGUGGAAAAGCUUUUGAUCCGAACUCACCCAACUUCGCUGCCCAGUCACCACCACCAACAUAUUCCGCCACCAACGGAGGCUACUACCAGAGCAUAGCGCCAACAGGCAAAGGCAACCCUUACACCCAAAGCCCUUACUCACAAGGGCAGUGGGCUCACACCGCAGACGGUCCUCAGGAGAUGGAAGCAGAUGUCGGCCCGUCAAACAGAUACUCCGAACUUCCUGCUGAGGCUUCGAGACCUGGCACGCAUCACAGGUACUCUGAGCUGUCUACUGGUCCGAGCUGUCGGGUAUCGCCUCAUCACUCGCCGAAGGCGUCGCAGACAGAGAACACCGUUGAGCCUAAGCCGCAAGGGUUGGGUGUGGUGACCGAGGAUACGAGGCCAUGA